AUGGCAGUCCUCAGUUCCAUGUUGCUGCCACUCAGGCUGUUUCUAUGCUUCGGACUGCUGUGUUCUUCUGCCAGCUCUGCAGAUGACAUUGACAACUGCAUGCUCUUCAAUGAGGUCACCACCACUGGCCAAGGCAUCAUGGCCAAUUCAGAUGUCUAUGAAAGCAACACAAACUACACAGUAUGGGUUCCCGUGAAUGCCAGGAUCAGCUCUGUGGUCCUGCGAGCAGUGGACGCGAACAACAACUCACUAGGCCUCUGGGAAAAAGCAGACCAGCUUUGCAACAACAGUGCCCUAUAUCACCUGGAUAACCUGAGUGACCAGCUCUUCAUAGCAAACUGGAUAUCUCCUAACUCAACAAACAUAACUACAAUCGUGUUACAACACAACCACUUCCCAGAGCUCUACAACCAGGACAAACCCACACCCACACCCAACCUCAACAAAAGGACACAUCUCCACAAUAAGAACAACUCCACACCCAACUGCAACAAGAGAACACAUCUCCACAACCACAACAACCCUACACCCAACCCCAAUAACAGAACACAUCUCCACAACUACAACAACCCCACAUCCAACCCCAAUGACAAGACACUUCUCCACAGCCAGGACAACCCCACACCCGAUCCCAAGGACAACCAGCUUGGCCAACAGAACCUUCCUCUGCCCCAUCACAAGUACCAUUCAGAUCCUGCUAGUCUUUCUCACCAGCAAACUCCUCUGCUAGAAGGAAGCUAA